CUGCUCUCACUGCUCUGGCGGUUGAUAAAAUAGGGAACCCUAAUUUAAACGCCUGAUUGCAAUGAUGAUACAUGUACUGCUCCUUUCCUCCUACCAUCGACAAUAACGACAAAACGGAUCUUAAGUAACCGAACUGUCUCAAUUUUAUACUUGUUCACAAUAAACAUACAUGCGGAAUCUGGCAUCUCCCAUCUUCAACGUUCACACGACCACUUCAUUCCUUGUUUCGUGAUGAUUGCAGAUACCAUCUCACGUGCCAGUGAUCGUUUAUCUAGAACGGGAAGCUCAAUCUUUAACAGAGAUGGACAAGAACAAGAUGAAGGGAAUAGCAACCGACAAGCGGAAUCAACUUCAAAGAAAAAAUCAAAAGGUUUACCAGGAGGAAAUAAAGCGAUUGCAGCAUUCGUGAUAAGUUUAUUUGCAUUCACUGUUCAAACAGAAGCAGCACAAUACGUUCAACAAUCUUUGGGAUUCAGAAAACCAUUCUUUUCGCUUUAUGUUGGACAUAGUGCUUUUACGUUCUUGUUUCCGCUUUAUAUGGUAUGCUUGCGGAUCUUUCAGCCAAAAGUACCGCUCUCACACCAAUUACACUUAAUCUCCAUCAAUUUGCACUGGCAAUUAAGCUCGCCUACCCAUAGCCUACCGAAACCGGGAGCAGAUUCGAUACGAAGGCGAUUAAGCACGCUCUCGAUGCGUACAGAAGCGAAUGAAACGGAAGACUUCGAUAUAGAAGAAAUACGCCAAAGACCCCGAACAAAAGCACCACCUCCCCGAAUCACUUGGAGUGAAAGAAAGUUUGGUUUCAAUGUGUUUCGAUUGCUAGGAGUCUUUGUUGUUCUGACUUUGGGCUUAACGGUACCUGCUUUGAGUUGGUAUUCUGCCGUUCCGCUAACUACCAUGGCCGAUAUUACAACAAUCUACAAUACGUAUGCCGUUUGGGCUUUAGUGUUCUCAAUCUUCUUUCUAGGCGAAAGUUGGGAGCGGAGAAAAGUUUUGUCGGUGCUAUUGGCUUGUGGCGGUGUGGUAUUGGUAGCAUACGGCGGAGCAGAGCAUCGGAGAAGACCCAGAGAGCCAGAAGGUGAUACGUCAACCCCGGUUAUAUCAGCGGUAGAGCAUAUUGCCAAACGGGUAUGGAACUCCAUACCCAGCAAAAGAGAGGGUAGCACGGGCAAUUCGGCCGGGAAUGCAUUCUUGGGCGAUAUGUUGGCCUUCAUCGGGGCUGUGACAAUGGCUGCUUAUGAAAUGGCAUUCAAGAUCGUUGGUACCUUACCGGAUGAAGAAGAACAACGGGAAAGAUUUGCCGGUACGGGAGGCGGAGAGAGAUACGGACGACAUUCGAGAUUUAUAGAUGAAGAAGAUGCUUCUUAUGGAGAAUCUGAGACUUUGCUUAAUGAUGGUUCUUAUGAUCGUUCGCCAGGCACAGCUCUUAGUAGCACACAAGCAGAAGAAGAAGAUGAAGUGGUCGAUUUGAAGGCCAGCACAGAAAGAACCGCGAUCUUAGCAUCAGAGAACGGUAAUGGACACACAUCUUCGCCUUCUUACCAAAGCAUGACUCCAAAUGAUCAGGAAGAUGAAGAAGGAAGUGCUGAUGGAGAUGAGGAUAAAAAGACACCUUCACUCGCACAAGCAUCAGAGGAGGCCGCUAGACAGCGUAAUUCGCAAGAUGAUGAAAGAACAACAUCGCAAAUGAAUGGCGUCGAAACUGCCAAGACAGGUUUGGACGAAUGGAUACCACCUCCAAUGCCAUUCGGUCUGCAUCCGAUCAUCAUCACCAGUGGGAUUGGAUUCGUCACGCUUUGUACUUUAUGGGUUGGACUGCCGAUCGCCAAUUUGCUCGGAUGGGAACCAUUUUCAAUGCCUGGCAAUCUCAAAACAUAUGCUUAUUUGCUCCUGGUGGCAAUGUCAGGUAUAGUGUUCAACGGAUGUUUUAGCAUCCUUUUGGCUUUAUGGGGACCGGUGUUAGCCAGUGUCUCAUGUCUUUUAACCACUGUACUCGUCUUUGUUGCCGAUAUCCUUCUUGGACAUGAUUUCAAGUGGAUUUCAAUGUUGGGAUGUUUGAGUAUCAUCGCAGGCUUUGGCGUCUUGGUCUCUGGCGAUGGUGUUCAUUAGAUAGCUCCUUUGCAUGCAAUGCUUUUGCUCAAUUUAUGUAGAAUGUAUACAUUGUAGAAUAUAUUGUCGAUUCAAAAUUCUUUGCACCGCUGACCUUUUCGCUAAAUUGCAAUGUAUU